UAUGGAAUUUAGAUUCAUAUCUCUUUUGGUUAUCCAAAAAGAAUCCUGAAAUUCUUUCUGAUUUCUCUCAUCUAUCCCAACCACAAAUCCCUUUAAAUUUGUACAACAAAGUGUAAUGAAAGAGACUUUCCUCAAGAGGGUAUAACUAUAAGGAGUUCCAAACAUCAUUUGAAUGCGAAAACAGUCAGUCAUAAUUGGAGGAUUGGAACAAGGGAGGUGAAACAUCUCAAACCGUGGUUUUCAGGGCCAAGGACAAAGUAAAAGAAGUUGAAGAAAGCUAGCUGCAAUGUUUCUACCUAAAACUGAAACUGCAAUUCCGGUGUUCGUUCCGGACCCUGAAGCUUCAUAUCAAGCAUACAUGAUGAAGCAGUUGCCAGAAGGACUGUGGACAACCAGUAUUUGCGAGUGUUACGAGGAUCUUUCUAAUUGUUUCUUUACCUGCUUGUGUCCAUGCAUCACCAUGGGACAAAACUCCGAGAUCGUCAACAGAGGAGAAAUAUCUUGCACAUGGGCAAGCCUCCUUCACGUUGCUACGGGGGUUGUGCUGUUUGGGUGGAUAUUUGGUUCGACAAACCGUACAAGCUUGAGGCAACACUUCUCAUUGCCAGAGUCACCAUUGCCGGAUUGGUCCACUCACCUUCUGUACAUGCGGUGCGCUCUUUGUCAAGAGCACAGAGAACUCCGAACCCGCGGAGCUGAUCCAAGCUUAGGUUGGGAGGGGAAUGUGACCAAGUGGAAAGAGGAAGCAAUGACUCCCCCCAUUGUUGUACAUCGCAUGGCAACCUAGCGGAACAGGCUGUGUUUGUAUAGAACUCGGAAAUGACAUUUUCUUUCUGUGCUAUGUGUGUGUGUGUGUGUGAAAUUCUCAUCUUCUUCAUCUUCUGGUUCUGUAAAUCCCACCCCAAAUUCUUCCUUCCAUAAAUUACAAAGCCCUUUACAUGCCAAAGACAUCUGUUUUUAGAGAAAAAGUAUGGCAAUGAAGUUGUU